GAAGCUUGCGGCGAACGUUGAGGAGGCGCUCCACUCUCGCGCGUUCCUCCUCUUCUUUUGCUAUCCCACAUUCCCGACCGUCAUUUCUCAUCUCAUUUCCAACUCUUUCCUGCUCCCUCGCCACGUCUUCCUUUCCUCUUCCUUUUCCUUUCCCUCAUUAUUUUAAUUUCGAUUCUCUCUCUUCUGUUGCCUAAUUUUCCCCUUUUGUCUCGUUCGUUCUGAGGUUAUCGCAGUCUCGAUCGUUGUCAUUUCCAAUUUUUGUCCGCGACAAUCACUGCCUCCUCGGACCAGGGGUACAUGAAAUUGGUUAUAUUUUAGGGUUUAGAUUUGUGGAGGCUUGAAGGUGAAUGACCGUGCAUCAUUUGCGAUCAAUCUCAAUUCUUUCAUGAGAAAUUUCGUGGAGGGCAGGGAGAGUUGCGAUUGUAGAACUUAGUGUUGUGACCAGUCUGUGUUCUCCAAAACGUGUUGCUAGAUGCUGCAAGCUUUUCGUGACGGAAGAGACCAGAAGAAAGAUAUUAUGUUUUUUUCGGGGGUUUUAGAAGGCAGAAUUGUCGAUAGUUCUGCUGAAUUGGAAGUAUUUUUUCUGUAUGGACCCUAAAGUGAGCAGAGUAUCCGGGAGGUCAAGAGGUUGUUGCAUUAUUUUUAAGGGUGUGAGGAGACAAGGGAAGAUCAGGGUAGAGGAGGACGAAGAAGAAGAAAAAGAAGAAGAGGGGGAGAACAUUAUCCUUCUUCAUUUUUACUUUUUAGAAUAUUGUGUUUAAUGGUUUUUGAUGAGAAAUAACAACUUUAGUGAGGAGAAGUAGAAUGUGAUGAUCGCAACCUAGGUGAGUAGGGAAAGGAAGCAGAUGCCAUUUAAGGCGGGUCACAAAGACUGCCUGUCAUGCUGGGGAGUGUAGUGUACCAGGUGCUGGCUAGCUACCUUGGUUACUAUGUUAAAGACAUGCAGCGUGAGCAAUUUCGGAUAGGCCUUUGGAGUGGAGAGGUUCUUCUGGAAAAUGUGGAUUUGCGACUGGAAGCGUUUGACUCAUUACAGCUUCCUUUGAGCAUUAAGCAAGCUUCAAUCGGGAAACUCAGGAUUUGCGUUCCAUGGAAAAAGUUAGGAUGGGAACCUAUUCUGAUCUCUCUUGAAGAUGUUACUAUUUGUGCUGGUCCUCAGGAUGAUGGAGAGUGGGACGCAGAAGCAUCUGAAAGGAGAGAAUUAGCGGCGAAGAAAGCUGCUUUGGCAUCUGCUGAAAUUGCGAAAUUCUCAAAAUGUGUUUCUGAGUCAAAAUCAGGACAGUCUUUCUUGUCCAAUUUCUUCGGAAAGAUUGUAGAUAACAUUCAAGUGGUUGUGAAAAAUGUGCACAUCCAAUACAUGGACAAGACAACUGAUCCAGAGGUGACGUUUCUGGUCGGUGUAACAUUAUCAGCACUAACGGUCAGCACCAGUGAUGGAUCCUUCUCUGGAUCUGCGGGAAGUGGGAAAGAAAGGGGUGGUCAAGAGCACAAAGUAGUGGAGGUAAAGCAGCUCGCAAUGUAUUGGAACCUACGGAGUCAUCCCUUGAGUGCCUCUGCGGAAGCGGCCGAAAAACAGAUCAUUAGUUUUUCAAGAACGAAGGACGAUACUCCUGACAAAGUCUACUUAUUGCGUCCGACUGAUUUGACCUUGAAGCUUCUGCUGAAUAGAAAUAACAUGGGGGAGGAAGGUGCUGCACAAUACGCUGUUGUCAUUAACGUUGAUGAUUUGUCACUCGCUUUGGAAGACCUGCAGCUUCGGGGAAUGCUUCUGCUGUUAGAUGCGGUCUCAAUCGCAAGGGCAAGAGAAAAGUAUGGAAGGUUUCGAUCACAAGCAAACGAUGGGCAAGGUGGACCUAGUACAGAAUGGAAAAAGCAUUUAUGGCAGUAUGCUAUUGAUGCAGUAUUGUCCGAUGUUCGUAAAAAACUCUGGCGACGCUCUCUUGGUUACCUUGGCUGGCGGAGGGAGUAUCGGGAACGGUAUGUGGAUCUGUACAUAGACAAGCUCAUGAACUUACAGCGUGGACAGCCUUCGGGGGAGGUGGAAUCUGCAGAGCUGGAGGAGAUUGAGAUGCAGUUUGAAAUGGAUGAAAUUUUAUUUUUCAGAUCAUUAGCUGAGAGGAAGAUGCCUUUUGAGGAUAUCUUUGGAAAUGCAGCAAUACUUAAGGAUGAAAACGGUGAUGGAGCAGAAGGACCAACUGCAGAAGACCUCCUUACACCUGAACCUGUGCUUCAGCAAAAGGGUUGGCUAAAUUGGCUUUCACUUGGCUUGCUGGGUGCGGCUGAUCGUCCUGAUGCGGGCCAGACAUUUCCUCAGGAAAUUAUCAAAGAUUUAUACGAAGCUGCUGAACUUCAUCCAAUGCCGGUGCUGGAGAGUGGAGAGUCAUCUAAGGGCCAUUGUUACCUUGCCAUUACGUUGCAUGUUGGAGAACUUCUGGGUAGUCUACACAGCUCAAAACUGGGUCAAGAUAUAUUGAAUAUAUCAGUUCAAGGCAUUGCAGUGACCGCACAGAUGUGGACCAAGAAGACAACUAUGUCAUUGAUGCUCCGCACUCUUGAGGCUGUUGAUCUAUGUACACCCGGCACUCGAUUUCCCCGGAUUCUGGCUCCUUGGGGGAAGCUUACAUCUCGCUCUGCUCAACGAAAGCCUCCACAACGUAGUUACGCCGAGGCUCUAUCUGGAAGUAGGCUGAUGCGUAGUGUUAGCGAUGGUAGCGUGUCAACCUUACAAGGGAAUUCAACUCCUGAUGAAGAUGGUUCAGGCGGAGAAAAGUCUGAGCCGCUGCUGCGUGUGGAGUUGGAGUUGCAGUCAAAGAGUGAUCGUAACCUUAUUGUCUCUGUGGUACUGCAGCCUGUUGAGUUUGUGUACAGUGCAUCACUCAUCAACCAUGCAUCUUCAUUUUUCUCUUUUCCAGAUUCUCAGCAGAUUCUCAAUGAUCAGGUGGAUUCCGCUUUGAAGAAAUUGGAAGAUGUGGCAGUCACAAACUUCAAACACAAGGUAGUUGAGAGGAAUCCUUUGCGACUGUCUCUAGACAUCAGGAGGCCGAACUUUUUGUUUCCUGAAAACAACCUAACGUCAAAUGGGAUUCUUAUGAUUCUUGCGGUAGACUCAAUCACCCUUGCCUCACAUGAAUUUAAUCAUGGCUUCAACGACACAUUUCCGAAGGGGCUUUCCAGGACUGCCAGUCUUCGUAGACAUAUUGGAAUGAAGCAUGGUCUAUUUUCCAGUACACAGGGACAGAACGGCCGCAACCAAGAUGGUGAAGACUUUCCUCUUGACAAGUUGGGACAUUAUGAACGGUUUCACCUGAGGUUGACAGGUGCACAGAUUCUCAUUUUUGGAAAAUCGGGUGAUUGGCACGAAACUUUGAACAGUCAAGAAUCAGACAUGGAGGUACAUUUGGUAAAACGCUUCAAUUUACAAGUGGCAAUCGACAUCUGCAUCAAAGAACAUCAUCUUCUUCCUCACUUGAAGAUACACGGUAGCUUGCCAUCCUUGCGACUUCAUUUUUCCUUGGGAAAAUACAGAGCAGUCAAUGACCUCUUGGCCAAGCUUCUUGACGGUAGUCAAAAUAAGAAAAGUUCUAUGGAACCUGGUUCAUCUGAAAGGCCUCAGGUUGCUGGAGGAAUGAGUUUGUUCACCUGGGAGAUGAAUUUAACGUUGAAAAUUGUCACUGUGGAGCUUUUCCUGGAUAGUGAACGGCAUGAUGCAUUAGUACAGAUGGGAAAGACUUUGGUUGGCCAAGGACAAGAAAUGUCUAUCAAGUUCGCGCAAUUGUCAUCACAUAUUGACGCACAGCUACUUAUGAAAACUGUGCAUGUGGAGGAUGCAACUGAGCCUGCAAGUAGUCCUUUCCGAUAUUUAUUAUAUUGUUCCGAAUGUCAUCGAGCAACAUCCUCUCUUACUCCGGUAGUUGAUGUGAACUUUGCUUCGUCAAAAGCUGCGGAAACACCUGAAGUGAAGUACGCGGUCUGUUUGAAAUGGGCUAUGGGCGGACCAAUGGGUGUGCCCAAGAUGGGAAUUAUGGCUGCCUUGCAUGGUCUCGAGUUCCAUGUCAAUCCCAAAGUUUUUCGAGCUCUGCAUGCUUUCGCCGUGGCAGCAACAAGCUCCAAUGCUUCCUCUGGUAGUUCACGAACAUUCUCGAGUAUUAGUGAUGCAUCCUCUCCUAGUAGUCCUCCUGAUAUCCAUUCAUCGAGUGAAUGUUUUAGGAAUGGCCAUGAAACUGGACUUUGCUCGGUCUUUUCAGGCCUCCCGAUUCGUUCAUCAGUUCACAAUCAAGUACAAGCUGUCGCUCUUGCUCCUACCCCUCCUAGUCAUCCAAAACGUUCAGUUCCAUCAAAACCGAAUGCUCAAGGUGCAAAAAACUGUGAAACGGAGUGGAGAGACAAUCCACUUUUCGUCUUGGAGAAACUUCCCAGUCAACUCCUGCCAUUAAGUGACAUGUUCCAGAAUCAGGUUGCACGCAAUGAUUCUAUGAUCAUUGAUGUACAGCUUGAAAGUUGUGGUAUACAGUUUCUGGACAAUGGAGGAACUGUUGGCGUUGUGUUGCUUCCUGAUGCAACUGUAUGUUCUUCAGUACCAUGUACAACUGCAUCUGGUGAAGUUUCGUGGGAGAUAGUGGCCGUUUCUUCAGACCUUCAGGUAAAAGGUACUCAUUGGGCCUCGGGUAAUAUUAAACAGAACCCUGUCGGCAGCAUGAGCGUUGGACCAGUAGCAACUUGGGAUUUCAGGAUUAGAAAGUCUGUGGAUGGCAAUUUAGAUGUGGUCAUGCAAAUUCACAACGCCCAAGUUGUGCUAUUAGCCGAUUAUUUGGCUGGUAUCAUUCAAUACUUCGACAGUUCGCAUUGGACAUCUCAGAUCAAACCAAAUACCAAUACUAUUGAUCAGAGUUCAACUAUUCAUUGGAAGGUUGAAGUGGAAGAUUCUGUACUCUUUUUACCUCGAGAGCAAGGCAAAGAAGAUUUUGUUCAAGUUGUGCUUGGGGAGUUUGUUUUCACUGCGGUGGAUGAUCACAAUCCAACCACCUCGUGUUACAUUGUCGGGCAGAACGUUUCAGUACGAGUGCAUCGGACAUAUAACGAUGGUGAUGACAGACUUGACACGGAUUUGGGCAAUUCAAAUGGACAGAGUUUCUUAGAGAGAUGGGAUGGUGAGCUGCUGAUUGAAUUAUCGCCUAGUAAUCUUCCAACUUGUUUGGAGAUCCAUUCAUCUGUCUUGGAGCUGAUCUUAGAUGGGGACGUCGUUGAACAGCAGCUUGAAGCUUUCGAAUUUAUCUCCCAAGGUCUUUCUGCCAUUGAAAGGACCUCCAACACCAUGGCAUUGACGACUACUCAAGGCGGUCUUGCUAGUUGGAAUCCAAAGAAACAUUUCUAUGUCAGCAGUCCAAGUACAAGUAGCACGAACUUAAAAUUCUGUGCACAUAAGCUUGGCAUUACGUUCGCAACACUUGAUCCUGUGAAAAAAUUACUUUCACCGGUUGCCCUUCUUCAAGUGGAUGCUCUUGAUGUGAACCUUCUUUUGAACCGAGGUAGGCUGGAAGCUUUAGCCUUGGAAGUGUUCAGCAUUGUGUUUCUCCAGCAUGCCACUCAGCUAAAGUUGAUACAGUGCAAAGGUGGUGAGGAGUUGGCCAUUCAGCCAGCACUGAAACUCUUGGUUAAUUCAGAAGGGUCAGACUGUGAGGUUCAUAUCUCGCUUCCUUCCACUCAAAUAUGGCUCCACUUCGCUGCUUGGAAUGAAAUUGGUCCUAUCCUUGCUGCAAACUUAAAUCAAAGCAAGCCUCCGAAGGUAUCAGAUGAUUUCAGUUUGUCGAACCCCUCUGUUGGUUCAGGGAAACCAUCGUCAAAGAUGGAAAUCCUUGUUCUACAAGAAGACCUUGAUUACUCUUCUUCAUAUCGAAACCAACAUCCGCCGAAUGCAAAAGCAUCUGUUACCUCUUCAAGUUCUGACGUUCUUAUGAGCAAAAGCCAACAUUGCAAGAAUGCUGCUGUUCUUGUCAAAGUAGGUACAUUUAAGCUAAGUUUACUGGUGUUAGAUUCUUCAAGCAAUGCACUUAAGUCUGAACUCCUUGUUGGGGACGAGCAUACGUUUUCGCCACAGAGAACUCUUCCAGGGAAGCUAUUGUCAUGCACCCUUGUACUGCGUGUGGACGAGUUUCGAUUUAAUGAGGAUGGAACUUGGACAUUAGCAGCUGGUAUUACUGAGGGAGAAGGUAAUGUUGUAGAGACGUUUCAGGACCAAGAUCCCUUUCAGGAACUGUGCUUUCAAACGACGGAGAUAUCUGUAUUUGUGGAUGGUAGUUUCCAGCUGUCACCUAUUGUGAGAUUUGAAAUCAAAGUUAAUGCAGAGUGCAUUAACUUGUUCUGCUCCUACCCAAUUCUGCGUUUCUUUCACGGUUUCACGUUUGAGGAGUUGGAGUCUAGACCUUCCUCAAGUUUGGAUGUCGAAGUCAAGGCUGAAAUAUGCUUACAGCAUGCUUCGAUUUUGCUCAGUGACGGUCGUUGGGGUUGCAAUGCACCUAUCAUGGAGCUUUUGCUGGGAAAGAUCACUGCCGAAGCAAGCUCCUGUGCUCAAAAGCUGGAGAUCUGGGUGUCUUCUGAUUUAGAAGCCAGUUAUCACAAUUUGCAUAAGGUUUUAUGGGAGCCAUUGGUAGAGCCCUGGAGCGUCAGCUCGGUUUUGACGGUACAAAAUGCGACCGGUGCGCCUACCAUUCAGGAUCGCACAACGGUCAAAGUUUCUUCGUCAGAAAAACUUAACAUCAACAUAACUGAGUCUCUAGUGCAGGCUGUUUCUCGUGCAGCUGAGAUGGCCCAUGACGCGUGGUCAGAUGACUCCUUGGCCAGAGAUACAAGGCUAGGUAAUUCAAGUCUGUAUGCUCCGUAUUGGCUACAAAAUGAUACAGGAGUGGCAAUUACAUAUUGGCUUCUGGGAUCUCGCAAUAAUCGGAAUGAAAUGGAUAACCCUGACGGUGGAUGGAGUAGCGGAAGUGGUACCGUUCUCGAACCUGGAAAAUCUGUACCGCUGUAUCAACAAGGCAGCAUUGAAGAAAUCUUAAGCAGAAGAAGGAAUAGUGGGUUUCUCAGGAGGGCAGAGCCUGCGAAAAUGUUUGAAGUUUUGCUGCAGCAUCGUAUGAUUUGUGUGCAGAUGGAGGGCACGUCCCGUCCCUCACCACCGUUAUCAAUCGACCUUGUGGGAUCUCGGUCUUUCGAAGCAUCUUUUUCGGAGAAUGAAUUUCGGGAUGGUUACAAUUCUAAUGUAAAUAGUAAUACGGGAAAUCUUCCAAGACAAAGUUCAUUUCAGAAACUUGAAGUAGAUAACCGUGACAAGAGUGAUGUGUUUCGCACUCCCGUUGUUUUUGAGGUUACUAUUCAGCGUUACAGCAAGUUGGUUCGCCUCUGCUCUACAGUAGCAGUGGUUAACAUGAUAACUGUACCUCUUGAAAUUCGAUUUGACAUACCCUUUACGCUGUCGCCUAAGGUGAUGGAGCCAGUACCACCAGGUCAAGUGUUGCCUCUUCCUGUACACUUAGCUCAGACUGGAAAGAUACGUUGGCGACCGCUGGGAAACAGUUUCGUAUGGAGUGAAGUGCUGUCUUUGAGGCACUUGCUUCAAUCAGCAGAAUCUCCGCAAGGAAUUCACCGCUCCGUCCUUUGUUACCCAAACAGCCGCACUGGUCGUCCAUUCCGAUGUUGUCUUUCUGUUAAUCAUUCCCAUAUUGAUGCCGUGGAUGGCAGCUUUGGAGAGCUAACACAAGACCCGUUGGAGGUUGGAAAAGCUUCAAUGAGAAGACCAAAAGUGUUCAAGCUUUGGGACAUAUCGUUACAGGCUCCACUUGUGGUUAAGAAUUGCCUUCCAUUUCCUGUUGCGGUUACCAUUGGCAGUGGGUCGGGUACCGUAGUUAGCGACACAGCGUCUGAGGGAAACUCCAAAUUUGUGUAUGAUGUAGACACAGUGCGCAAUUUGAAUAUCAGUUUUCAAGUACGUGGAUUUGUAACAAGUAAUUCAAUAGUCAUUCAAGCGGCACAAUCAAUUGCAGAAUCUAGUAGGCGGUCAGACAAGGAGGGUCGCAUCAGGGUAUAUGAGAAUGUGAAUUUCUUCCCCGAAAUCAUGUCUGAUCCUGUAGUUGCAACAGAGGUGGGAUUUAUUAUCAAUACCAUAACCGGCAUUCGUGAAAUCUGCAUUAGUGUGCCCUUCUGGCUCUACAACUGCAGUGGUUUCGAUUUAGCAGUGAUAGACGGUGAUGAUGUAUUUUUUGGGCGUCAAAAAUAUCUUGUAAAAAUGUUGACAGAGGAUAUUGUUAAGGAGCAGCAGAAGCCAGAUUUACGACGAGGACUUGCUAACUUACAGACUUGUGAAGAUCAAGUCGAAGAAAUAUGCCUCGGAUGGUUCCCUAAGCGUGCUGUACGAAAAUUUUCACAGCGUCCCUCAAAUUAUUCUUUACAUACUUCAUCAAACAAUGCAUUACCCUCUGCAGAGUCUAAAGAAUUGAUGUUAUCAGAUAAUGUCAACUUGGUUGAUAAAUGGGGAUUACUAGUUCCUCAGAUGUAUUCCCCAGUCAAAGGGACAGAAUCCAGUGAACACAGGUUAAAAGUAAGAGUUGUACGUUCUGUAAGUAUGGAAACCCGCAGUACAAUGGAGCAAUCAUGGUCUCGACCGUUCUCUGUGGAUAUUCCCGAUGGCACCACUACAGUCAAAGUUCCUCAUCCUGAGAAUCAGGGUGCAUAUGUGUUCUCUGUAAUUUGUAAUCCUUUACUUGGAUUCGGUGCUGGCAGAACGAAAACCGUAACCUUUAGACCAAGGUUUCUUCUAGCAAAUUCGUGCAAAAGGGAUCUUUGUGUGAAGCAGCAUGGAACUGAUGCUUUCGAGCGGCUCCCUGUUGGUCAACACUGCCAUCUGCAUUGGACCGACGUGACCAGGCCCUUGUUAGUUUCAGUGCGCUUCAGCGACCAUGGGUGGGACUGGUCGGGUGGAUUCUCCCCAGAACAGUUAGGUGAUACACAGGUUAAAGUGCGGAAUCAUACAUCGGGUGCUACUCAGAUGCUUAGGGUGGAAGUCAGCAACAUGACUUCAUCCGACACGAGCUCGAUUAGGGGUGUUGGAUCAGGGAGUGGUAGUUUAGGUACCUGCCUGAUUUCACUCUCAGACGAUGAAACGGGAUUUUUGCCUUACCGCAUUGACAACUUUUCAAUGGAGAGAAUUCGCUUUCACCAGCAGAAGUGCGAAAGAAUGGAGAACAUGUUGCACCCAUAUAGCUCGUUCUGCUAUGCAUGGGAUGAGCCUUGCGACCCCCACCGCCUUGUCCUUGAGAUUCCUGGUGGAGGGCUUUUGGGAGUCUAUGGACUUGACGAGGUGAAAGAAUAUCCUCCAGUUACACUGCCUUCUACUUCACAGAAACCAGGGCGAACAUUCACAGUCUCAGUCCGAGCAGAGGGACCGAUUAGGGUUCUAAGCAUAGUUGACACAGCGUUGCACCUGAUGAAAAGCCCCUCUGGAAGUAGCAGCAUUUUCACAUCAAAUCAACCCUUUGCAGGACUUAUUGGCCCCAUUUUGGAAUCCACUGUCACAGGCACAGAACCUGUGAAGGAGCUCAUUCUUGACUUCUCCUACAUAGGAGUAUCUCUCAUAGACUCAAUUCCUCAGGAAGUUAUUUUUGCGUGUGCAAAAGGAUUGAGUUUGCAGCUAAUACAAGGUCAACAUCAGCAGCAGUUGAAGCUGGAAGUAUGUGUGAUUCAAAUCGACAAUCAGCUCCCUUUUUCUGUUUAUCCAGUCCUGCUAUCAAGCACUUACCCACAGGCAAAGCUUGGUGACGUUGUGAAUAAUGCUCAGGCUGGAGAGGAAUUGAAGCCUUUAGAAGGCCCUUCCUUGACCUUACUGGUUGCAAAAUGGCGUCAACCUGCAGGAGCCGUAGACUGCUUCCAGUGUAUUAGCCUGCGGCUUGUGCCCAUGCGAUUGGAGGUGGAAGAACAGGUUGUCUCAAGCUUGCUCAGCUUUGUGGACAAAGCAAUAGAAAGUUUUUCAGGUAUUAAAAUGGACAAGGCAGGUUCGUCAAAGCUGCCAGCGUGGUCGUUACUACGCUGGAAUCGUUUCAAUGGUCAAGAGCAGUUUACUGGUCGACCGUGGAGAUUUGAGGUCGUCCAGGUUCCAACAAAUCAAAAUAAGGUUGUGAAGUUUAGUAAGGUGGUAAAACAGUUGGAGGAAUAUCGAUGCUGGGCUGCGACUGUGGCAGUGGAGCCAAUAGGAGGACCUCUCCAAAAGCUGCCGUUACUUGCUAAGGAAAAAACCAAGGUCUAUAUAGAAAUCCUUCAUAUCAGCCCCAUUGAGCUGACUGUGAGUUUCUCAAGCACACCAUGGUUGUCAAAUAAUUCUGGAGCGGCAACCAAGUCACUACUGUGGAUGACUGGCAUGAUGCUUCAGCAUCAUGUGAUGGCAAUUGCAGAUGCAGAAGAUGCUGUUAUGAAUCUGCGGCAGUUGACGUUGGCACACCCUUUAGCAAGUUGGGAUGCAAUUCGUGGGAUGAUCACUCGACAUUAUACUCGACAGUUUCUGCAAGAAAUUUAUAAGGUGGUUGGAUCUGCUGACGUUUUGGGGAAUCCAAUACAUUUUGUUCGCACUCUUGGUUCGGGGAUGUGGGAUUUUGUAUCUACACCGGCAAAAAGUCUAAAGCAGAGUCCUAGGGAGCUAGCUAUGGGGCUUGUUCAAGGGACACACAGCCUGUUUAGCAACACAGUGUUCGCAUUCAGCAAUGCCGCUACUCGUAUGAGCAAAGUUGCUCGCAAGACUGUCACAGCUUUUGCUUUCGACAAAGAUUACGUUGAUAAAAUGGAACGACGCCAACAUUCACACGAAUGGGAAGACCUUAGUGUUGUGAAUGAGUUUUUGGAGGGUUUGACAGGGCUGCUCCAAUCCCCUGUUAGAGGUGCUGAAAGAGCUGGCCUUCCUGGAAUGCUAUCAGGAGCUGCUGUGGGAGCAUUGGGAGUGGUGGCAAGGCCAGUUGCGAGUAUUCUUGAGGUGGCUAGUAAGACCGGUCAAAGCAUUGUCAACCGAAGUAGCCCAAAGCAGUGGCGGGCGACACGCAUACGUCUCCCAAGGCACUUGCGGGAGGAUUGCCCUUUGCUCCCGUACUCCUGGGAGAGUGCAGUGGGUAGAGCAGUGCUAUUGGAGACAGAUGGUGGUUGUUUUCGGAAUGAGGUUCUUGUGUUAUGUUUGCCUCUAGCCCAAGGCGAGGAGUUUGUGUUGUUAACGCAAGCACGUUUACUAAGAGUGAGCAGUAUCAAGGUGGAUUAUUUAUCCGGCUUCAAGUGGCACAUGGAGUUAGUAGCAGCUGUGGAAGAUAUACUGCGCGUGGAUCACGUGGAAAACCGUGUGAAUAUUCUGCUGGGCCCAGCCAGGCGAGAGUUUGUUAGGACUCAACAUUACUCAGGACUGGGCCAUAAGGUCAUGUCCCUCCCAGUACAUGAGACUUUGGAGUUUGUCGACCAAAGUGCUGUAGAGCAGUUUCUUGGUGUUUUACACUUCCUUCAAGAUCGUUUGCAGCAGAGCCGGUCCACAAUCCUGAUAUCAACGCAAACGUUGUGAUUAGUUUACUGCGGCUAGGAUGCAGGCAACAAAUUUCUAUAUCCUUGUUGCAUGGAGUGAACAUGUUCACGGUAUCUUCUGAUCGCGGUUCCUUACGUAUCACCAUUAAGUUCGUCAACAGUGUAGUGUAGUAGUCAGGUAAUUAUCGUACUCUUGGGUUCAAGAGUGACCACCUUGUAGGUAUUUUUUUCGAUAUACAAUUGUGGGUGAUCACCUUCAGGGUGUCACUUAAAGUUUUGAUCAUGUCCCUCUAGAGGUUCACCAUUCAUGCUACCAAUGGGUUAUUGCACAUGCGGAUGCUUUACUUUUCUAUUUUUAAGGUAUGUAGGAUUAACUUUACUGUCA